GAGCAAAGUGAUGAAGCAGUGAUUAUGUCAGUGCAGAAGAAUGAGUGUAUUGUGCAAUAUGCAGUAGAGAAUAUCACAGUUGAAAUGAGUGCAGAAGGUUAUGUUAAAUGGAAUAAGGUUAAAGAGAAGUGCGAUGAUAUAGAGGCAAAAGGUGAUGCUAUUGAUGAAGAGAAGACCCAAAAUGGUGGUAUGAAGCAUGAGGAAGAUAAUCUUGACAAAGACAUGAAAGAAAAGGGUACAAAGAUAAUGGCAAGAAAGUUGAAAAAGGUCAAGAAUGCAAGUGGCGACUUGAGACUGAAGGUAAAAGAAAUGAGGAGAAAAAGACUGUUGAAGUUGACCAAGAAAAGAGUUCAUGAUCAGAGAGGUAUGAGGAGGUUGCAUGGUUACUUGAAGAUAAAGCACUGCACCAGAAAUAGUAAUGGCAGGUGUAUGCAAGAUCAGCAUGAGAAUAGAUCAAGAAAGAAACAUAUCAAAGUUAGUAGAAAGAGAAGAAGAAGAGAUAUUUGCAAGGAAUCCUAUAAUAGAAGAAGAAAUGGAAUGAGGAUUGAAUUGUGGAUGAGCAAGGAAGAAAAAGCAGUCCAUGAAAAGGUUCAAAAAAAUGCGUUCUGUGAGACUAAGCGAAGUCUUUCAUUUGUUUUGAAGAAGAUGAAAGAUGUCAGUACAGAAAACAAAAAUAAGAAAAGGCAGAGGAGUAAUGGAAAUUUUGCAAAAGUUGUGAAGGAAGAUGUGAAGCAUACAUGUGCUUCUGAAAUGAAAACACCAGAAAGGAGGCAGACAAUUCUGGACAAGAAAGUUGGGAAAUCAGUACUAAAAAGCAAAAACAGUCAGACGUGUGAUCGACACAGACAUGAUCAAACCGUCAAAGGAAAUCAGUCCAAUGAAGAGUGCUGGUUGUGUGAUCAGACUAUCGAUGUGUUUGAAAGGAAAGUGCAAUGUGAUGGUUGUAACAUUUGGUACCAUGUCAAAUGUAUGAAUUUCUUGAAGAUGGAGGAAUUGUUGGCAAACAGAGCAGUGGUAUGGAUGUGUCGUAAAUGUGGUAAGAGUACUUACUCUCAAUCUCUUUUGUAUGAUCUUGGUAUUCCAACAGAUGACAAUGUAUUUGAGAUGACUGUUGAGGAGACAUGCACUAUAGAUGAUGUUGUUCAGCAGACGUGUAUUGGAACAUGUGCACAAGAUAGCAACUGGGAUGAUGAGACAAAUGAUAAAUCAGCAAGGCUGUAUGGCUAGUGAAGGACGAAGUUUGCUGAAACAUGUUUCUGAUUGGCAAGAUGUCCACAGGCUGUCAGCAAUUCAUUGUGGCCUGUGACUUUGCACAAGAUGGAGUGUGAACCACAACACUGCCUGCCAGGCGUCCAACACUUGAGGGCGGGUGUUGUCAUCUGCAGGCUGUCAGCAAUUCAUUGUGGCCUGUGACUUUGGACAAGAUGGAGUGUGAACCGCAACACUCCCUGCCAGGCGUCCAACACUUGAGGGCGGGUGUUGUCAUCUGCGGGCUGUCAGCAAUUCAUUGUGGCCUGUGACUUUGGACAAGAUGGAGUGUGAACCGCAACACUGCCUGCCAGACCUCCAACACUUGAGGGCUGUCAGCAAUUCAUUGUGGCCUGUGAAUUUGGACAAGAUGGAGUGUGAACCGCAACACUGCCUGCCAGACUUCCAACACUUGAGGUGUAAAAUCCCAUUGCAGUCAUUGAUGUGCUCUUAUGACCUGCCAUCAGGUGCGAUGUGGAUGACCUCCAAUCAUCCGUCAACAACGCUAGGAGUAAACAACGCCAUGCCCAAUGCAGUUUGUGUUCUACAUUUGGUGUUUGCUUGAAGAGUAAUGAACAAAAUCUAGUGUUCAAAUAGCAAUAUGACCUGCCAUCAAGUGUGACGUAGAUGACAUGUAGUCAUCCACCAGCAGUGCCAUGCCCAAUGCUCUUUGUGUUCUACAUUGUUGUUUGCUUGGAGAGUAAUGAAGAUGUUUUAGUGUUCCAAUACUGAUUACAAGCUAAUACCAACUUGGUUUAUUUUAUCUAAUAAACAACAUUGCAGUCAUGGCCGCAGCCGCUUAUACUCAUUGGAAUGCAGUUGCCAGCUGUGGUAUGCCGUGGCACACAGCUAGUGGGUAGUUCCACAGCUGCUGCUUUUGUGCAGUGCCGCUACCACACAAAGGCUGUGCAGUCAUGCGGGCCACUUGCUCUAUGUGUGGAGGAAUGUCCCCAUUACAACCCGUCCUUAAGGGGUUAAGGAACAAAUGUCACAAGUGUCAAAUGAAUGAAAAUUCCAAGUUAUACUUCAAAGAUUUGACCAGGAUCUAUCUUAUAGCUCUGUCUCAAAUGACAUCAUUUCCUACAGACCAGCCAUAUGCAUCGGCAUUUUUUGCGUCAUGACCAUGGGUUACAUGUAUGUCGUAAAUUGCACCCAUUUUGAGCAACAAGUGGGCAUGCUGUGUUUGAAACAUUUUCUACAAUGCGCAAAGCAUGCUUGGGUUUAUAGAAUACGCAGAUGCAGUUCUCCAACAGAGAUGGCCAUUUUUGAGAGAGACCUAUUAUGCUUAUUCAAAAGCAAAAUUUUGGUUGUAUAAGAUCACAGAUUGCACUUGCCAGCCAUGCAAGUCCUGCAUUAGUAAGCAGAAAUGUGUCAGUUUGAGUGUCAAACAAGCAAUGUUUUCUUUCUCAACAAGAUUUGGAAGAGAAUCAAGCAUACAGUACUUGGAGGUUAUUUUAUUCAAGUUAGAAUCACAUAUACUCAUUUUAAUUUGUGUUGAUGCUUAGCCAUAAACCAUUGUUACAAACACUGGUGAAGUCAUCCUUCUGUCUUGGCAUUGCAGAAAAUGAAAUUAAAAUGUGAAGUCAUGUAAAUAGUUUGUGGAUUUAUUUCUACAAUCGUAUUGAAUACUCAGCUUUUCACUUUAUGCUUGAUACACAGUGACUUACAAAACUUGUAGAAAGUACAAAAUAAUAACUUUGUUAAAGAGAAAACAUUGACUUGAAAUGUUUUUUUUUAAUUUUUCACAAAGAUUUGUUUUUAAAUAACACAAGAACAUAUCAAGUACAAUUUUCUAUUGUAGUCUCUACCAAUUAAUUAUGUAUGUAAUUUGCAACUUUCACAUAUGCAUGAAUUGAAACGUGAGGACUUCAGCUUUACUGCAGCACAAUGCAUGCACCCUACACAAAUACAUUGUACAUGUACAUGCAUAUGAGUAUGUCAAAGUUGAAACUAUGUCUGGGCUUGUUUCUAUCUGUAAUAAAAAUGAUUGUAAUUUCCAUGACAAAUAUGCUGAUUUAAAGAUGCUUUUCUAAUUGUGUAACUACAAUUGUUAUGGCUUAUCUCAUAAUUUAAUCAUUUAUCAUUUAGCAAAACACGACAAUUGAUUGUAAUUCUGGACUCUACUAUGAAAAAUAAAUCCCAAUACUUCAACUGGAAUCACAA